UUUCUUUAUAAUUCCAUUCCGCAGUCACACCGGCACAUUGGAAUCUACCCUUUCACGCCGUUGGAUAUGCUCCAUGCUUCUCAAGCAUUUCAUAGGAAUUGCAGUAAUCCCAUGGAAUAGGAAUAUUCUCGACUAUAUCCUUCCUUCUCAAGUAUGUUAUAUACCUUCAUCGAUUAUUAGGUUUUUCUGAAGAUCAUUUGAAGAAAUGGCAGUCAGAUCAAAGCGUGUAACUGAUCCUCUAGAUGAACGAGUUAAGGAUCGAAUCGUCGGCCGUGACAGGGUGCCGGAUAUGGUGUACAGUAGCAGCGGUAGCGAACACAGCGGCACCAGCAGCGAAAUCGGCGAUGGUGAAUCAUCGUCAGAUCAUUCUCUAUCUUACCUUCUCCAUUGUUUCGAUGAAGACGGAAACGAAGAUGCGAUCAACGGUGAUGAGUUAGAUGAAAUUCAUUUGCAGGAUAACGAUUUGGAUUCGGAUUCAGAUUCGAAUUCCGAUCGUAUGGAAGCAAAAUGUAUCGAAAUUAUUUCGACAUUGCAGAGUUUAAAUGCUGAUAAGUUCAGAAACGUCCUCUUCGCCAAUGUUGUAAAAGCUAUGGAUGUUUUUCGAUCUCUAAGAGCUAGCACACAGAUCCUCAACCGAAACAUGAUUUACUUCCUUCAAAAACUCGGCUAUAACGCGGCGAUUUGCAAGACAAAGUGGGAGAGCUGCGGUGGACUCACGGCCGGGAACUACGAGUUCAUCGACGUCGUCCGAUCCGAUUCCGGCAUUCGUUACUUCAUCGACCUCAACUUUGCCGGAGAGUUUGAGAUCGCUAGACCGACGAAUCAAUUCCAACGCUUUUCAAAAAAAUUACCGAUUGUCUUCGUCGGAAAAAGUGCAGAUUUGAAGAUGAUCGUGAAAUUAAUGAGCGACGAAAUAAGGCGAUCACUGAAGAGCAGAGGAUUACUCCUCCCUCCAUGGAGAAAAAACCGGUUCAUGCAGAACAAAUGGUUUGGACCAUACCGCCGAACGUUGAAUUGCACGGCGGCCAACGUAGCGAUUCCGGUAACACACACGAAGCCGGCCGUUAAAUGCAGUUUGAUUGGAUUUAACGUCGUCGACAGUGCUCCGUUAUUCUCCGCGGCAACCCGUACAAGAUAAUAUAAAUAUUGUCGAAAUCUAGAAAUGCUAUAAUUUGGAGUUUUGAAUCGAGACAACGUGGGUAAAUAUUAUAAUAGUACGAGAAAAUCUGGAGGUUUAUUCAUCAA